UCAACAAAAUAAAAAUUUAAAUAUAAUCCAAAGAAAAAGAAAAGCAUACGAUGAAAUGGAAGUUUUAGAUCAUGUCGUUAACUCAGAAAUGUUAUAUUCAUCUUCAAACAGUUCUAGAGAGUGUGAUGAUACCGAAGAAUUCAAUGAAAAACCUAAUCUUCCCCAACAUAGAGGUAGAAAAAAUAUUUUAACCGACAAACUUGCUGCUGCAUUUGAUAGGUGUAGAAUAAGCGACAGAGACGCUGUUCAUAUAUUAAUGGCAACCGCGGAAUCGUUCGGUCUCGAUACAUCUGCAUUAAUUAUAAAUAAGACCUCAAUUAAUAAUUUUCGAAAACGUUUCCGUGAAAACCGAAUGAAAAAAAUAAGCAGUAAUUUUAAUUUAUCGGCAUGUCCAUGCACUAUUCAUUGGGAUGGAAAACUUCUUCUUUCAUUAUCAGGAUAUCAAUUAGUUGAAAUAUUACCAAUAAUUGUGUCAAAUAAUAAUGUAGAACAAUUGCUCGAUGUGCCUGAAACUUCUUCUGGUUCGGGACAAAGUCAAGCAGCAGCUGUCUACGCAGCACUGAAAAAUGGGGUUUAA